AUGACAAGGGUACUACCUAGAUUAUCAAGAAGUUUAUCAAACUCAACUAAAACUAUAGUGAAUAAAAAACUAUUUGAAAAUGCGAAAUUAAAAUCAAAAGAUAAUCGAAAGAUCUUUGGAAGAAAGAAAACAAAUGAAUCAACAACCAAUCUGACUCAAAUGACAAGUUCAUCAAAUUCAUCUUCAAACCCAUAUAUUACAGACCUUCCUAAAAUACCCACACAUCAACAAUCAAAAUCAUUUGAAGAGAUUUUCAAAGAAUUAGGACAAUAUAAUAUAUUUUUAAAUCAAUUAAAACCAGUAAAUAAAGGUAUAAAUUUAAUAAUACCUCGAGAAUUUAUAAAACCUGAUUUAAAUCAACAAUUAAAAAAACAACUUAAAGCUGAAAAAUCAAAAGAUUUAGAUAAAAAAAUUAAAUCAUUUAUAAUUAAUAGUCAAACAACUACUGAACAAUCUGAAAAAGAUAAACAUUUAAUAAUGUUAGGUAAAGAAAUAAGUUCACAAAUGGAACCAGAUCAAAAUGAAAUUUAUCAUACUUUACAACAUCCUUUAAAAAAAUCAUUAUCAGGAUUAAAAAAUUUAAAUCCUGCAUUAAAUAAUAUAAAUGAUAAUUAUUUAUGGGAUUUUAUACCUGAAGAUAAAUUAGUUUGUAGUCCACCAUAUCAAUUAGAUGAUCCAUUAGGUUUUAAAAAAUUUAAUGAAAAUUUUAUAAUUCAACAAAAUAAAGAAAAAUUUGAAAAAUUAGAAAUUUUAAAAGAAAUUAAAGAAUUUGAAAAAUUAAUGGGAAAUUCAAAAUCAUUUUUUAAUAAUAAUAAUAAUAAUAAUUAUAAUAAUAAUCAAUAUCAAUAUCAAAAUCAAAAUCAAAAUGAUCAAAAAUCAAAUGAAUUUAUUGAAAAUCAUCAUGGAUCAAGAAAAAAAUUGAAUAGAAAAUUAUUAAAAAAGUAUAAACAAUUAAAAGAUGAAGGUAAGAUUGAUGUUGAAUAA